AUGGACAAUUUUGAUAAAUACAGACUUACAUUUGAAGACAUAAGAAACGCCACCAACGACUUUGGUUCUGGCAACUUCAUUGCUAAAGGUGGAUUUGGGGAGGUCUAUAAAGGAGAAUUCAUCGACUCUAAGGGUGUCACCAUGGGUGCUGUAAAGCGUUUGGAUCGUUCAAUAAAUCUCGCAGAUAUCACAUUUGGAACAGAGAUCAUGUUGCUUUCCAGUUUUAGACAUGAAAACAUCAUCUCACUCAUAGGAUUUUGUGAUGAUGGAAAAGAAAAGAUCAUUGUAUAUGAAUACGCAUCUAACAAAAGCCUUGAUUUUCAUUUACAUAAACCCAGCCUCACAUGGGUUCAACGCCUCAAGAUAUGUCUUGGGGCUGCACGUGGCUUGCAGUACCUUCAUGAUCCCAAGGGGACACAACAAAGAGUAUUGCACCGUGAUAUUAAAAGUGCCAACAUCUUGUUAGACAAAGAUUGGAAUGCCAAAAUUGCUGAUUUUGGCCUAUCCAGACAAGGCCCUGCAAAUCAACAACACACAUUCCUUUUCUCUACUGCUAAAGGCACUCUUGGCUAUUGUGAUCCUGACUAUAUAGAUAAGAACGAAUUAACGAAAGAGUCAGAUGUGUACUCUUUUGGUGUUGUAUUGUUUGAAGUUUUGUGCUCAAGGCGUUGUGUUGAUUUAAAUUAUAAUGAUGUGCAAAAAAACCUUGCGGUCUUGGUAACGUGUUAUACGGAAAAAAAUAUAGAUUAUAUUAUUGAUGAUAAGCUAAAGCAACAAAUGGAAGCGAAUUCUUUUGAUACAUUUGUAAAACUGGCGUAUCAAUGUUUGGAAAAGGAUCGGUCACAUCGCCCGCCAAUGGCUUUGGUUGUGAAAAGGCUUGCAACUGCUCUCAGACAUCAAGAGGAUUUCGAGGCUAAACGUCAAAAAGCAAAGAGGAGAACCGUAGUUUUACGUAACAAACUGUUAAAAGAAUUGGAUAAUCCUCUUUUGGAUUUUCAAAAAAUAUGUCCACCAGGAGGAAGAGACUCGCUUAUUCUGUACACAACAACAGGGGACAACACCAACCAACAAUCGUUCAAAGAUUGCUUGCGCAUUCGAUUUUUACUCAAAGAUUUUAAUGUUUUAUACCAAGAAAGAGAUGUAACGAUCCACUGGGAUUACAAAGAAGAAUUAUGGCGGAUUUUGGGCACAAAAGUCGCACUUCCAAGGCUGUUUAUAAAAGGUAGAUACAUUGGAGGAGCAGAGGAAGUUUUACAGUUGCAUGAGCAAGGGAAGUUCCAGCCACUCCUAGAUGGAAUACCACAAGUUAUAUCUGAAGGGAAAUAA